AUGAAGCACCUCGCCGCUUACCUUCUUCUCGGCCUCGGCGGCAACGCCUCCCCUUCGGCCGCCGAUAUCAAGGCCGUCCUCGAGUCCGUCGGCAUUGAGGCUGACGACGAGCGUCUCGAGAAGCUCCUGUCCGAGCUCGAGGGCAAGGAUAUCAACGAGCUGAUUGCCGAGGGCUCUUCCAAGCUCGCCUCCGUCCCGUCGGGCGGUGGUGGUGGCGGUGCUGCCGCUGCUGGUGCCGCUGCCGGCGGUGCCGCUGAGGAGGCUCCCAAGGAGGAGGCUAAGGAAGAGGAGAAGGAGGAGUCCGAUGACGACAUGGGCUUCGGUCUCUUCGACUAA